AUGUUUGAAUUUGACAACGCUUUUUUGAAAGUAAAAGAUGAAUAUAAACAAAAAGGCAAUAAAAGUAUCAUCACUGAUAGCGAUCGUAACAAUGUUAUCACUAAACUCAAGCAAUUAAUCAAUGAGAUAUCUGUUGAUUGUAAUACAAAGAAGAUUAAAUUUACAGACAAUGAGUGGAUCCUAGACGGAGAAAUGGAAACUAUUAACCAACAAAAUAAACGGGUUGUUGUUGAGAUUAAACGUAUUCCUGAUUUUAUCCAAGAUCCAAUUUUCUUUAUCAAUGAUGCAUUCCCCGGUGAACUUAGACAAGGUGCUCUUGGUGAUUGUUGGUUCAUUGCAGCUCUUGCUGCGAUUGAAGACUUUCCUCGUGUCAUUAAAUCAAUUGCUGUUGCACGUGACGAAAAAAAUGGGAUUUAUGGGUUCGUAUUCUUCAAGAAAAAUCUUUGGAUUGGUACUAUAGUGGAUGAUAAUGUGAUUGUCAAACAAAAUGGCCAUUAUUAUUAUAACGAAUGUACUUGUCGACGUGAGACUUGGGCUUCACUGCUUGAAAGUACGGUGAGGCUUAUGCCAAGAUUCACGGUAGCUACGAAAACCUUAACGGAGGAUAUGUGGGAAAUGGAUAUGAGUGGCCAAACAAAGACAUCCUACACUUGCACUGAAAUAUUAAGCAAUCAAGCUAAAAAGGAUACUCUUUGGGAAAGUCUUUUAGGUAGAAAGAAAAACCAAAUCGCGUUUGGUUGCGGAACUUGUUCAAAACCAUCCCCUGAUGAACCUGAUAUUCGUACUGAUGGUUUAGUAUAUAAUCAUGCCUACAGCGUUAUUCGGGCUGUUAAUUUCAAUCCAUAUGGAAUAUUUAAAGUUCAAUUGGUUGAAGUUCGUAAUCCAUGGGCUUUUACUGAAUGGAAACUUGCAUGGAAUGAUAGUGAUCCAAUCUGGAAGCCAGGUUAUGCAACAAAGCUAAAAUAUUCUCUUGAUGAUGACGGUGCAGAGCAUGAUAUUCGUACACCCUUCCUUUGGCUAAAACUAUACACUUCACUGCCACAUGUUAUGUUCUUAAAUAAUAAUAUAAUGCUUGGAAUCGAUGCAAUCGACACUGGACUUGUUCUAAACCAACUGUACCAUAUAGGCUACACACUUUCAGAAAUUUAUAAGUAUGUGAAAUUCUAUAUAGAUGGCGAAUUGGUUGGAUUUAAGGAUAUUGAACAAGUGUCGACACAACAUGUC